AUCGAGAGUUCUUGGGUUUCCGGAGGGUUUUCAGUCUCUUCUUCAUGAUGAAUGGGUUUUGCAGGAUCUACUACCGAAUUUCGAGGGCUCCCGGAGGGUCCAGAGGGCUCUUAUCGGGUUGAUCACUCGUUUCAAGGGUUUAGGACGAUUUGGAAGACUCGGGGGGGACUCAAUCGAACGUCUGACAGAGACGGAGCACUCGGUGAGCCCUACGAACUCGCGAAUUCCCGCGGAUUUUGUCUCUCCAACUCACUCAAUUUCACUGGCAAUCCUCGAACGUCGAUCGGCGAUCGUUGACGGGCUGCAACAGCCACCGGUCCAACGGUUUCAGGAUUUUUCGUCGUCGGAAAACACUGGGGAGGUCUCUUUGGUGUGGGAUUUUACUGACCAACCGGAACGAUAUACGCCGUGUUCCUCGGUGUUGCUUGUCUACAGUCUGGCCAACUAUUUUUCAAUCGCCGAGUUUUGCGGCGGAGGUUGGCGGCUCCAACGGGAGAUGGCGGAGGGAAUGCCGCUGGAUCAAUUACUCUAUCGAGUCAGAGUCAGGGGAUAAUUUUUUCCAGAGGAUUUGUUUGGGGACGAAAUGGUGUACAAAAGGAAGAAGAAUGUCCAGAGUAAUGGAAUGAAAAAAGGGGCCAAGACGAAGAGGAAGACCAAGGAUCUUGACGAGAUUGAUGAGGAUCUCAAGGACGACAACGCCAGGAAGCUGCUGAAUCAGGAGAUUGACUUUGAUAAGCCUGGCUCUGCUCAGUACUACUGCAUUCAUUGCGCGAGGUAUUUCAUCAACGAAAGAGCCUUAGAAGACCAUUUCACCACAAAAGUCCACAAACGUCGUAUGAAAGCCCUCGAGGACGAGCCGUACACGAUAGAAGAGUCCGAGCGUGCUGCAGGGCACGGCGCCUGGGUCCCCUCCAAAAAACGAAAGAUAGAAACCCUCCCCCCUGACACCUUCCCCCGAAUGGCCGUCGAGCCGCCAUCAAAAGCCCAGAAAACCACACCAUCAGACUAACUCCAAGAUGCUCC